CGACUCUCAAGGACCAGCAACACUCCAAGUGCCCAGUUACCUACACACCUGCACAUCUACACCAUGGUCAAGUCAGCCCACCCCAGAGACGUCGCCGACACCUUUGACUUCAUCGUCCUCGGUGGUGGCGCCGGCGGCAACACGGUCGCUGGCCGCCUGGCCGAGAACUCAAAAGUCAAGGUGCUCGUUGUCGAGGCUGGACCGGGUGACCCGGAGAACGUCGACAUUGUCACCACCCCUGCCCGUGCGAUGGAGACGCGCGGUUCGCAGUACGACUGGUGGUACAAGACCACCAUGAUCAACCGCGAGGACUACACGCGCAUCGAGUGCCCCAAUACCCGUGGCAAGAUUCUCGGCGGCUCCACCUCGCUGAACUACUUUACGUGGCUGCGCGGCUCGGCGGCGACGUACGACCAAGACUGGACCCCGUACGGCGGGAGCGAGUGGUCCUGGGCCGGUGUCAAGGACUACUUCAACAAGUCGGCCAAGUACCAUGACGACAAGGGUGUAUAUGACCCCGGCUUCAAGAAGCUCGGCGAAAAUGGUACCCUGCCGAUCGCGCAUGCCGACCUGCUCCCCGAGACCAAGGGGUUCCGCGAUAGCCUCCAGAAGGCGUGGAAGUCUGUCGGCCGCGAGCUUACUGUCAACGUCUACGACGGGACACAGGGCGGCCUCUUCCCGUCCGUCAACACGGUGUACAAUGGCCUCCGGUCCACGUCGGCGACCGCGAUCGAGGGCAAGGCGAACGUGACCGUCGUGGCCAACACGACGUCCAAGCGUAUCCUGUUCAAGGACAAAACUGCCAUCGGCGUCGAGGUCGUCGGGCCCGAGGGGCGCGAGUACAAGUUCUUCGCGAAUCGUGAGGUCAUUGUCGCGCAGGGCGUGUACGAGUCGGCCAAGAUCCUCAUGCUCUCGGGCAUCGGGGCCAAGGAGUACCUCGAGACUUUCAGCAUCCAGGUACGCAUCGAUUCGCCGCACGUGGGCCAGAACCUGCAGGACCACCCCAUCUUCCCGCACGUCUUCAAGCUCAAGGACGGGUACGGGCUGGAUGACAUCCUCAUCUACGACACGGACAAGAAGCGCAAGGCCGCCGCAGACUACAAGAAGAACCGGACUGGCCCGCUGACUAGCCCGCUGCUCGAGCUCGUCGGAUUUCCCCGCAUCGACGAGUACCUCGCCAAGGUCCCGGCGUACGUCGAGUACAAGAAGAAGAAUGGCGGCAAGGACCCGUUCGGUCCUGCUGGCCAGCCCCACUUCGAACUCGACUUUGUGCCCGUGUUUGCCGACGCCUUCCAGUGGCACUUCCCCACGCCCCCGAGCGGCAACUAUGUCACUGUCAUCGUCGACCUCAUGCGCCCCCUCUCCCACACGGGCACCGUCAAGCUCAACUCGACCGACCCGUUCGAGCAGCCGCACAUCAACCUCGGCUUCCUGCAGCACGAUCUUGAUAUUGUCGCGCUGCGUGAGGGCACGCGCUUCAUCGGUGACCUGUUCUACAAGGGUGCCGGAAUGAAGGACAUUGUCGAGGGGGACUAUCCCUGGCCGCUGGACCGCUCGUCUGACGAGGUGCUCGACAAGCAGAUCCUGGAGCGCAGCCAGACCGGCUUCCACCCGUGCGGCACAAACCGCAUGGCCCGUGAUAUUGGCGACGGCGUAGUCGACCCUCACUUGCGCGUGCACGGCCUCAAGAACCUCCGUGUGGCUGACGCGUCCAUCUUCCCCGUCAUCCCCGACUGCCGUAUCCAGAACGUGGUGUACAUGGUGGCUGAGAAGGGCGCCGACUUUAUCAAGCAGGACCACCCGGACCUGUACAAGUAG